CCGAAGAGGUGGAACUCAAUACUCUGAAAGCUCCCGCGCUAUAGCCAGUGACGAGCAAUGUCACCUGUGCUCGUAAUUUUUUUGGACUGAGUGCUGUGAUUUGUGAAAAUGACUUUGUGAAUAUUCGGUAUGUGUCGUGCUGUAGUGCAGAGAGGCUUGGCUUAAAGGAAAGAUGUGGCGUUUAGCGCCACUAGUGAUUCGGCUGCUAGCCGUAUCACUGGUGGCGAUUGCCCUGGCUGAGAGCGGCUCGGACAGCGGCACAUCUGUGGUGGCGCGCGGGCAGGAGCGGCCGGAGCGGCCGAUGCGAGCUACAGGCCCGCCGCGCCGGCAGGGCCGCAAGAAGCGCCGCACCACGACAACGACGACUACCUUAGAACCGGAAGAUGACGACUACGAGCAUACCACACCGACAACUACGACUACUACUGUCGAUCCACGCCUCUUCGACCAUACUGAAGUUGGAAGCUGUCAGGUACCACUGGGAAUGGAAAAUGGCAAGAUCUCCAACGAGUCCCUGUCAGCAAGUUCCAGCUAUGAUCAGAGCGUCUCACCUUUGAGCUCAAGAAUUCGGACUGAAAUUCGCGGCGGUGCCUGGUGUCCAAACGGCCUGAUAUCACCGCACAGCCGCCAAUACUUAGAAAUAGAUCUUCGUGAUGAAUACUUGAUUACGGCAACAGAAUCACAAGGCAGAUUCGCAAACUCUGUUGGAGUUGAAUUCGUGGAAAGUUACUCCGUAGAGUACUGGCGUGAGGCGCUCAACCGUUGGGUCAAACAUAAAGACUUCAAUGGCAGCAGACUUCUCCCUGGCAACAGCAACACGUACACUCCAAGAAAAACGACAUUAGAGGCUCCUUUUGUGGCUUCAAAGGUCCGGUUCUUUCCCUACGCAGCCCAUCCUCGGACCGCGUGUAUGAGAGUUGAACUAUACGGAUGUCGAUGGAAACAGGCGCUUGUUGCGUAUGCGGCGCCAAAAGGUGGCGACAUGCAGGCCAUGACUGGUGGUGCUCGAUUCGAAGACCUAUCUUACGACGGUGUUGUUCGCGGCUCGAAACUCGUCGACGGCCUUGGUCAAAUUUCUGACUCUCUCUUUGGCCCGAAUGACUUCGAGCUGCCUGAUCCGUUGGACACUCAAGGAACACGUUGGGUGGGCUGGAACAAGACGAUGCUGGUGGAUGACGAAGUCGAGAUCACCUUCAACUUCACUGAUACGAGACUAUUCCAAUAUGUAGAUAUACAUACGAACAACAUGUUCACAAAAGAUGUACAGCUUUUCAAAGAAGCAGAAGUGUACUUCUCACUGGAAGGGGAACGUUGGCAGGAGGACUAUAUAUCCUACGAACCUAAACAAGAUAAAGUUUCCGAACAUGCCCGCACUAUUCACAUAGAUCUGGAGAACAAAACCGCUAAGCACAUUAUGAUGAAACUCAAGUUUCAGCACGAGUGGAUCUUGAUUAGUGAAGUCACUUUUAGAUCAAUUUCAACGGUCGUGAAUCAAUCUACAGAAUUCCUAGAUGAAUACUAUAGGACGGAUACUCCUCCGACAUCUAGAAAGAAACGCAAUUCUUCACUGAAAGUAUCUGUGGGUCUCGCCUGCGGGGCGAUAGUUGGGGGAGGCGCAUUCAUCGCAGCCACAGCUAUUCUUGUCACUAAGCGAGCGAGGAGGCGAAUUCCAAACAUGCUGAAAAAACCAUUCUGUCCCUCCUUGCGAAGUAAUGCCAGAAACAAUCGAAGAGCGCCACGACUCGCAUUAGCUUUAGCGAAUUGCCCGCCUAUACAUAUGCUACGCAGUCCGGCUGUCGUCGAUGAGGAUUAUCGUGAACCAUACAACAUAUGGCGAGAAACAUUAGGACGACAGAAACGUGAAAAUCAUGAUCAAAACGAAUACAAUGAAAUAUGCGAAGAUCCGGAAUUCCCGCGGCCAUACAUGAUGAAACGGGCGGACCCGCACGAGAGCUUCUAUGCUGCCACAGAUAUUAUUCACCAUACGUACCCGGACGAGCGCCUAAGCCGCCGUGAGCGCCCCGCCCCUGGGCUGUUCACCUCCAUCAAACUACCUGAAGCCGAGCCCCCAAACGGAGUGGCGCCCCUGCUGGAUUUCCCGCGGGGGCGCAUGCGACCGGUUACUUUCCUUGGCGAGGGACCGCACGGCACUCUCCAGAUUUGCGAGACGGAUGGCAUCGAGGAAUUGAGCGACGAGGAGCUACCGAGUGGCGACCGCCGCCGACUCGUUAUCGUCAAGACACUGUGGCGGGGCUGCCAUAACGAUAUCAAAGCGGCGUUUGCCCGCGAAGCUACCUGGGGGGCUGGCCUGAAGCACCCGCAACUUGCGCGAGUUCUCGGUUUGAGCCUUCUAGAGCCUCCUUGCGCGGCACUCGACCGCGGCGAUGCUGCACCACUCCCGACGAUAUUGAAGAUGGAACGGAGAUUGAACUAUUCGAGUUUGAUUCACAUAUGCUGCCAAAUUGCCAACGGCAUGAAGUAUCUGGAGUCAUUCGAGUUAGUACACCGGGAUCUCGCGGCAAGAAACGUAACAGUUACAAACGACCUGCACAUUAAAGUGUCCGACUACGCGAUGUUCUGCGAUGAAUUUAUUGGAGAUUACCACAUCAUGGCUGACGGCACCCGAGUGCCCUUGCGUUGGAUGGCUUGGGAGAGCUUGUUGAUGGGAAUGUGCUCGCCAGCUAGCGACGUGUGGUCAUUCGGAGUUACUGUAUGGGAGGUGCUCACUUACUGCAUGGCCAAACCCUUCGAGGAGAUGAACGAUGAUCAGGUGGUAGCGAACGCCAGUCAGUGGCGUUGCGGCGGGCGGGGCGCACGCGUCCCCGCAGCGCCGCCGCCGCGCUGCCGCCGAGAACUCUACGACCUCAUGCAUGAAUGUUGGCGUAGAGAGCCGAUGCAACGACCUCGUUUUCACGACUUACACCGAUUUUUAGAACGUAUGACGCACGGCUACCAGCCACCUAUCCAACGUGAAAUUAAGCAUUAAGAAAAGCUCCAAAUUUCACAGCACUUGGCCCGUAUCAAAAGUUGUAAACACUGAG